UCCUUCUUGGAGAUCUGCUGGCGGAGCUUCCAGUAGCAGCGAGGGGAGAGAGGGGCUCAGCCGCAGCUCCUGACACUUCAGCUCCAGAGGGGGAGGCUUCAAAGCGCGCUGCUUCUAAUUUGAUCGGCUUUGUUUUUUGGGGGGGAAGUUUAUUGACUGAUUGAUGUGCUGCUGACCCUUUAAGGCCAAACAUGAAGCUAGGGCUGUCACUGGCCACUGCUGCCUUCCUUGCAGCCCUGUUGACAUCCAUAGAUGCUCAAGUGGAACCUCCCUCAGACUUGAAAUUUAAAAUUAUAAAUGAGAACACAGUGGAAAUGUCAUGGGAAAGACCCUCAUCACCAAUAGAGGGCUUCAGAAUACAAAUUGUUGCAGAUGCAGAUGAAUGGGCUAGAGACCUUGCCUUUGAUGCCUACACCACUAAGACCUCACUCACUGACUUGACCCCUGACUUGAGCUACUCAGUGUCCAUAAACUCCUAUUAUGGGUCAGAAGAGAGCAUUCCCAUCUUUGGGCAACUGACCAUACAGACCAGUAACACCAGUGAACGAGUCAGAAGGCCACCAGGAGAUGCAAUCAAGUGUUCAGUCAGUGCAGUAGCAGAUUUGGUUUUUCUGGUGGACGGCUCAUGGAGUGUGGGUAGAGAGAACUUCAGGCACAUCCGUAGUUUCAUUGCCGGACUGGCAGGGGCCUUUGACAUCGGUGAGGACAAGACUCGGGUGGGUGUGGUUCAAUACAGCACAGACACCCGCACAGAGUUCCCCCUCACUCGUUACACCAGAAGAACAGAUCUGCUCCAAGCCAUCAACUCUCUGCCAUACAAGGGAGGAAACACUAUGACAGGUGAUGCCAUAGAUUACCUGCUGAGAAAUAUCUUCACGGAAGCAGCUGGAUCCAGGAAAGCUUUUCCAAAAAUAGCCAUGAUCAUCACUGAUGGAAAAUCCCAGGAUCCAGUGGAGGAGCAUGCUAAAAGACUUCGGAACAUUGGAGUGGAAAUAUUUGUCCUAGGUAUCAAAGGAGCAGAUGAGGCUGAGCUAAGAGAAAUGGCCUCCACACCUUACAACAAACAUGUGUACAAUGUUCCCAGCUUUGAUGAGAUCCAAGAGGUAGAGAAAAGCAUCAUCUCAGAGGUGUGCUCCGGUGUUGAUGAGCAGCUCACCUCUCUGGUCAGCGGAGAAGAAAUGGUGGAGCCAGCCUCUAAUCUGCAGAUCACAGAUGUUUCAUCUAAGUCCAUGAGAGUGACAUGGGACGCCUCACUGGGUGAUAUCACAGGCUACAAGCUCACCCUGGUUCCCAUGCUACCUGGAAUGAAACGCCAUGAGCUGUACAUGGGACCCACUCAGACAUUCAUCAAUGUUCGUGACCUUUCCCCUGAGACUGAGUAUGAGGUCAGCUUGUUUGCCCUGAAAGGUCUGGUACCCAGUGAACCCGCUGUGGCCAUGGAGAGGACUCAGCCUGUCAAGGUGCUAACAGAAUGUUCUCAGGGAGUAGAUGUGCAAGCUGAUGUGGUCCUGUUGGUUGAUGGCUCGUACAGUAUUGGAUUACAAAACUUUGCUAAAGUCCGUGCCUUCUUGGAGGUUCUGGUCAAUUCCUUUGAUAUUGGACCCAACAAAGUCCAAAUUAGCUUGGUCCAGUACAGUCGCGACGCACACACUGAGUUUGCCCUCAACACCUUGCCCUACCGUGGAGGCUCCACUAACACUGGCAGGGCCAUGAACUAUGUCAGAGAGAAGAUCUUUAUUCCCGCCCGUGGAGCCAGGCAAAAUGUGCCCCGUGUCAUGGUCCUGAUCACAGACGGAAAGUCAUCAGACUUUUUUAAGGAUGCAGCAACCAGACUGAGGGAUAUUGAUGUGGAGAUCUUUGCUGUUGGUGUGAAGGAGGCAGUGAGGUCUGAGCUGGAGGCCAUUGCUAAUACCCCCAUAGAAACUCAUGUCUAUGAGGUGGAGGACUUUGAUGCCUUCCAGAGAAUCUCCAAGGAACUGACUCAGUCCAUCUGUCUAAGGAUUGAACAGGAGCUGCUCAAAAUCAAAAAGAGAAGUCUGCUUCCACCCAGAGACUUGCGGUUCUCUGAGAUUACCUCCAGAAGUUUCCGUGCCACCUGGACAGCAUCUGCCACCGAUGUCUUGUCUUAUCUGGUGCGUUUCCGCAAGGCCGAAGAUGUCACCGGAGACUACAUUUCCCUGGCAGUGCCUGGCGAUACCACCACAGCCGUUUUGCCCCACCUUUAUCCCUUAACCACCUACGAAGUUAAUGUCUUUGCUCAGUAUGAUAAAGGAGACAGUUUCCCGUUGACUGGUGAAGAGACCACUCUUGAAGAGCAAGGGACUGUACGAAACCUACGAGUUUCAGAGGAGACAACAAACAGUUUUAGGGUGUCAUGGCAAUCUGCUCCGGGUUCGGUGAUCAGGUAUCGCCUGACCUACGUUCCAUUGAGUGGUGCUGGAGAGACAUUGGAGACCCAGACCACUGGACCAGAGACUACCAUAGUUCUUCACAACCUUUUUCCCAUUACCACUUAUCGUGUGUCUGUGUCUGCUGAGUACGCAACAGGCAUAGGGAAAAAGAUGGAAGUGGAUGGUACCACUAAGGAAUUACGGGGCUCCCCUCGUGACCUCCGUGUGUUUGAUGAGACCAUAUCUACAAUGAAACUGGAAUGGCAGGCUGCCCCAGGAAAUGUCCUUCAGUACCACAUUGCCUUCAAACCUGCUGAGGGUGGUGAGAGGAAGGAGAUAUUCGUCAAUGGCGAUACUACCCAGGCUGUUCUGAAGAAUCUCCAACCAGCCACUGAAUAUGAGCUGUUUGUUUCUGCUCGCUAUUCCUCUGGUUUGGGCGAUCCUCUUUUGGGCACAGGAACCACCUUAGAAGAGCUUGGUUCACCCAGAGACUUGGUAACCAGAGAUGUCACAGAUACCAGUUUUGCUGUGUCUUGGACUGCGGCCCCGGGUAAUGUUCGUCACUACCGGGUCAGGUGGAAGUCUCUGUUCAGUGAAGACACUGGGGAAAAGGCAAUACCAGGUGACACCACAGACACAGUUCUGGAGGGUCUCACCCCAGAGACACGUUAUCAGGUCUCUGUCUUUGCUGUCUAUGGCCAUGGAGAAGGCCAGCCGUUGGUUGGAGAGGAAACCACAGAUGUCUCAGCCGCUGGCAGAGCCAUUGUUGUCUCAGAUGAGACAGAGAAGAGCAUGAAGGUGACAUGGCAACCAGCGCCUGGAAACGUGGUCAACUACCGCGUUACCUACAAACCCCAGAUAGGAGGGCGCCAGCUAGCAGCCAAGGUGCCCGGUGACACUACCUCCACCGUGCUGAGACGUCUUACUCCCCUCACUACCUAUGACAUCACUGUUGUGCCCGUUUACCGUGUCGGAGAAGGCAAAGUAAGGCAAGGAGUAGGAACCACACUGUCACCUUUCAAAGGUCCUAGAAACCUCCAAACAUCAGAGCCUACCAGGAGUAGUUUCCGUGUAACCUGGGACCCUGCUCCUGGUGAUGUUAGGGGUUACAAAGUCACUUUCCACCCUGUAGGGGAUGACAUUGACCAGGGAGAGCUUCAGGUUGGCCCCUAUGACAAUACUGUGGUGCUAGAGGAGCUCAGAGCUGCUACUAAAUAUGCAGUGAAUGUGUCUGGUAUGUUUGAUGGAGGAGAGAGUAUGCCAUUGGCUGGAGAGGAGAAAACCACUCUUUCUGAUGGACCUGAUGUACCUUUAAAUGCACCAGACGUGGCGUGUAAGACUAAUGCACAGGCCGACAUCGUGCUGCUGGUGGAUGGCUCCUGGAGCAUUGGACGUCUUAACUUCAAGACCAUUCGUGCCUUCAUCACCCAGAUGGUGGGAGUCUUUGACAUUGGUCCAGAGAGAGUCCAGAUUGGUCUUGCUCAAUACAGUGGAGACCCCAAAACUGAAUGGCACUUGCAUACUCAUAGAACCCGAAAGUCACUCUUGGAAGCUGUGGCUGGUUUGCCCUACAAAGGAGGAAACACCUUGACUGGUAUGGCUUUGAACUACAUCCUCCAGAAUAAUUUCAAAGAGAAUGUUGGAAUGCGACCCAAUGCUCGAAAGAUCGCUGUUUUGAUCACUGAUGGCAAGUCCCAGGAUGAUGUCGAUGUAUACUCUCGAAACUUGCGGGAUCAGGGCAUUGAGAUCUAUACCAUCGGUGUGAAGAAUGCUGAUGAGAAUGAGCUGAGGGCCAUUGCCUCUGAUCCGGAUGAAAUUCAUAUGUACAACGUGGCUGACUUCUCCUUCCUACUGGACAUUGUGGACAGUCUUACUGACAACCUCUGUAAUAGUGUCAAGGCAGGAGGACGUCUACCUGAUGCUCCUACUAAUCUGGUGACAUCAGAUGUGACUCACCAGUCCUUCAGAGCCACCUGGACCCCCCCUGAUGACCCAGUGGAAAAGUACCGUGUUGUGUACAUGACUUUGACAGGACAGCCUCAGCAGGUGUUGGUGGAUGGUGAAGAGACCACAGUGGUACUCCAGAAACUCGACCCUCUGACAGAGUACCUGGUCAGCGUCUACUCCGUGGUGGGAGAGGAGAGCAGCGAGCCUCUCAAAGGAAGCGAGACCACGUUGCCCUUGAGUGCCGUUAGGAUGAUGGACAUUUAUGAUGAGCAGUCCACUACCAUGCGGGUGCGAUGGAGGAAGGCGGAUGGAGCUACUGGCUACAUGCUGCUCUACAGCGCAAUCAAUGCCACACAACCCACCGUUGAGGAGGAGAUGAGAGUGGGGAAAGAUACAACUGAUGUCCAGCUGGUGAACCUACUCCCCAACACGGCUUACACACUGUCCCUCUUUGCCCUGCAUGGAGAAUCAGCUAGUGACCCGCUGACCAAGCAGGGUGUCACCCUGCCCCUGCCACCUGUAGGCGAACUGAGGGUUCGUGAUAUCACCCACAGCACCAUGAGGCUUAUCUGGGAUGCUGCUCCGGGUCCUGUUCGCAAGUACCUGAUCACCUAUAAGCCUGAAAACGGAGAAGCUAAAGAGCUGGAAGUGGGAGGAAGUGUGACCACCAGGCAGCUGGACAACCUGAUCUCUCAGACUGAGUAUGCCCUGGCUGUUACUCCGGUCUAUGACGCUGGACCCGCACAACCAAUGCUGGGAGUAGCAACCACUGAUGUGGUUCCUGCCCCAAAGAACCUCAGAUUCUCUGAAAUUACCGAGAACAGCUUCAGAGCCACUUGGGAGCACGGAGCCCCCGAUGUUGCUUUGUAUCGCUUUGGCUGGGCUAAGCACGGAGAGCCCAACUUCAAAUAUGCCAUUCUGAACAAUGAUGAGACAACCCAGUUCCUGGAGGACUUGGAGCCAGACACGCCCUAUGAUGUGUCUAUCACUGCGAUCUACCCAGAUGAAUCAGAGAGCGAGGACCUGAUGGGCACUGAGAGGACAUUACCACAUGCACCUCCCACCAAUUUGGUUGUGUACAACGAAACUACCACCACUCUGAAUGCCAGGUGGAAUCCAGCUCCAGGUCGUGUCCAGAGCUACAGGGUCACUUAUGUCCCCACAUCUGGAGGCAGGAGCCAGACUACUCAGGUUGGAGGGAAGAAGAAUACUGUCCUGCUUCCCAAACUGACGCCUGACACAGAAUAUUCUGUCACCGUUGUGGCGGUCUACCCCAAAGGAUUCAGCACUGAGCUUAACGGCUUUGGAAAAACCAAACCUUUGGGUGGUGUUAGGAACUUGCGGGUUACUGACCCCACUACUAGCACCCUGAAUGUCCAGUGGGAGCCUGCUGAGGGAGCUGUGCGUCAGUAUAGGGUCUUCUAUGUCCCUGCAGCUGGAGGAGAUGAGGAGAUGGUUCAGGUUUCAGGCAGCACCUUAAACACUGUGCUGAAGAACCUACACUCUGAUACCGUCUACACUGUAACUCUGGUUCCUGUCUAUUCUGCUGGAGAGGGGCAACGCAUGUCUGAAAACGGCAAAACAUUGGCGCGUAGCCCCGUCAGGAACAUCCAGGUUUUCAACCCUACAACCAACACUCUGAACGUUCGCUGGGAGGCUGCCACAGGCCCAGUCCAGCAGUACAGGGUGGUCUACUCUCCUCGGACAGGCGCCAGGCCCUCUGAGUCGAUUUUGGUACCAGGGUCCACCACCACGGCCCUGCUGGAGCAGCUGAUCCCAAAUACUGAAUACAAUGUUGGAGUGGUUGCCCUGUACAGUGAUGGCGAAGGACCUGCCAUCAGUGACGCUGGAAAGACACUGCCCCGCAGUGGCCCGAGGAACAUGCGUGUAUACGACCCCACCACCACCACUCUGUCUGUGAGCUGGGAUCCUGCGGAUGGUCCUGUCAUGCAGUACCGUAUCACCUAUGAACCGACCACAGGAGAUCCCAUUGAGGAACAUACUACAGUUCCAGGAAACAGAAACAGUGUGAUUCUUCAGAACCUAGAUCCAGACACACCUUACAAUAUCAAAGUGACAGCCAUCUAUGGAGAUGGACCAGGAGGAGACCUGGACGGAGCUGGACGCACAGUGGACAUGCUCGGCCCCAGGAACCUUCGUGUUUCUGAUGAGUGGUACACCCGCUUCAGGGUGUCCUGGGACCCUGCCCCAUCCAGGGUUAAUGGAUACAAGCUUAUCUACCAGCCUGAGGGGUCUGAUGAGUCCUCGGAGGUGUUUGUUGGAGAUGUCACCUCCCAUCAACUGCAUAACCUAAAACAUGGAACCACUUAUGAUGUGAAAGUGCUGGCACAAUACAACACAGGCCUCAGUGCACCUCUGAUUGGACAAGGCACCACAUUGUACCUGAAUGUGACAGACCUGACCACCUACAAUGUUGGCUAUGACUCUUUCUGCAUCCGAUGGGCCCCUCACAGAGCUGCCACCUCCUACAGACUCAAAGUUAAUCCUCUUGACCCCUCCAAGCGUGGAGCUCAGGAGAUCACAGUCAGAGGCUCAGAGAGCACUCACUGCUUUGAUGGUUUGACCCCUGACACUCUCUACAAUGCCACAGUGUACACCCAAACCCCCAACAUGGAAGGCCCCGGAGUCAUUGUCAAAGAGAGGACAUUGGUCAAACCCACUGAGCCGCCGACUGAGCCUCCCACCCUACCUCCUCCAGCAACAGUCCCCCCUGCACUAGAUGUGUGCAGAGGUGCCAAGGCAGACCUGGUCUUCCUGAUUGACGGCUCCUGGAGUAUUGGAGAGGAGAGCUUCCACAAGGUCAUCCAGUUUGUCAAGACCAUGACUGGAGCCUUUGAUUUCAUUAGCCCUAGUGGCAUGCAGGUUGCAUUUGUGCAGUACAGCGAUGACGCCAAGACCGAGUUCAAACUGAACACCUACCAUGACAAGGGCAUAGUGCUGUCAGCUUUGCAGACUGUCCGCUACAGAGGAGGAAACACCAAGACAGGCUUUGCUCUGAAGCACGUCUAUGAUAAGGUGUUCACAUCAGACAGUGGUAUGAGGAGGAACGUCCCGAAGGUGCUGGUGGUGGUCACAGAUGGACGCUCCCAGGAUGAAGCCAAGAAGAAUGCAGAAAAACUGCAGCAUGCUGGUUACAGUGUGUUUGUGGUAGGAGUGGCUGAUGUGGACAUGGCAGAGUUGAGAAAUAUUGCAAGCAAGCCCAGUGAGAGAUAUGUGUUCCUGGUAGACGACUAUGAUGCCUUUGACAAGAUUCAGGACAACCUGAUCACCUUCAUCUGUGAAACAGCCACUUCCACCUGUCCUCUGAUCUACAUCAAUGGAUUCACCACGCCUGGCUUCAGGAUGUUGGAGGCUUUCAACAUCACAGACCGGACAUUCGCUGGUGUGAAUGGUGUGUCCAUGGAGCCUGGUUCCUUCAACAGCUACAUUGCUUACAGGCUGCAUAAGGAUUCUUUCCUGACCCAGCCCACCAAGGAGAUCCAUCAGGCGGGUCUUCCCCCAUCUUACACCAUUAUCCUGCUUUUCCGCCUGCUGGCUGACACGACCUCCGAGCCUUUUGAUAUCUGGCAGAUUUCUGACAAAAACCACAACCCCGAGGUCGGAGUCACCAUCAACCCUUCCAGUAAGACAAUCAUGUUCUACAACAAGGACACCCGAGGAGAGAUCCAGAGAGCCACAUUUAAUGAGGAGCAAGUGAAGCGGGUUUUCCAUGGCAGUUUCCACAAGCUCCACAUCAGCGUUUCUCCAGAGAAAGUCAAGCUCAAUUUGGACUGCCAAGAGGUGGCAGAGAAGCCCAUCAAGGAGGCCAGCAACAUCACACUGGAUGGCUACGAAGUGCUGGGCAAGCUGGUCAAGUCUGGAGGUGGAAGGAGGCAGUCUGCUACAUUCCAGCUUCAGAUGUUCGACAUUAUCUGCAGCUUGAGCUGGAUCAGCCGAGAUAGAUGCUGCGACCUGCCCGCCACAAGAGAUGAGGCCAAGUGCCCAGCCCUUCCCCACUCCUGCACAUGCACACAGGACAGCAUCGGCCCUCAGGGGCCUCCCGGACCAUCGGGCAGCCCGGGUUCCAAGGGACCUCGAGGGGACAGAGGAGUACCCGGCAACAGCGGUCCUAUGGGUCCACGUGGUGAGCCAGGACUCCGGGGCGCAAUGGGACCACCGGGUCCACAAGGCCCUAAUGGCCUGUCUCUACCUGGAGAACCUGGUCGCCCGGGACCAAAGGGAGAUCCUGGAGACCCUGGUCUGUCUGGCCGGCAAGGUCCUCCUGGGCCACGUGGUUCUCUGGGCCCCGUUGGACCAAGUGGAGCACGGGGGCCACCAGGGAAGGAGGGACCAUCUGGACCAAGAGGUCCACCAGGGCCCAUGGGAAACCCUGGAAAUCCAGGUGCGCCAGGAAUUACUGGAAAACCAGGGAAACCAGGAGACACAGGAAACCCAGGACCUCUUGGCCCUAAAGGAGAGAAAGGAGAGAGGGGAGACUUUGCAUCCCAGAACAUGAUGCGCUCCAUCGCCAGACAAGUUUGUGAACAGCUUGUGAACAAUCAGAUGAGCAGAAUUGACAUGAUGAUCAACCAGAUUCCAACUGGAUAUCGUAGCAACUCUCCAGGGCCACCUGGUCCUCCUGGUCCCCCUGGCGACCAGGGAUCCCGCGGAGAGCCUGGACCACAGGGUAGAGCUGGUUUCCCUGGAGGCCAAGGUUUACCUGGGAAUCAAGGGGAAAGAGGUUUGCCAGGAGAGAAGGGAGAAAGAGGGGAGCCAGGAAAUGGUAUCAGAGGACAGAGAGGUUCAAGUGGGCCACCAGGGCCACCAGGAGAGUCAAGAACAGGACCUCCAGGUCCUUCUGGUUCCCCUGGGCCAAGCGGCCCUCCAGGUCGCCAAGGUACUCCUGGGGUGAGGGGACCUCCAGGACCCCCUGGAUACUGCGACUCCUCUCAGUGUGUUGGCAUUCCUUACAAUGGACAAGGAUACACAGGUUUGGCAUAGUAAACCUUCUAAGUCACCUGUGCUGCUUACUCUUUGGCGUCCUGUUUCUGAGAUGUUUACCCAUUUGCUAUGGGGCAUGUAAGGAUAAUCACCAUGGACAUAAUUACUGAACAUUAAAACAAAUAUUACAAAAAGCCCAAAAAAAAAAAAAAAAA